AGCAAUAACGGCUUAUAUAUGGAGACCGCACACUUCUCCAAGCAUCAUUCUACACACCGAGGAUAAAGCAGAAGAUACGCAGCUCACUCAGCUAGAGGUUGACUGGUUCUCUUCUCCACCGAGGCCUUUAUAUUACUGACAGCGCUGUAGUAACGGUUUCUUUCAUAUCUGUGUGAAGAAAAAGCGAAAGAAAGAUGAAGCUAGUGUGGCUUGCAGUGCUUCUGGUCGGCGCUGUGCAUGCUGAUGAUGAGGACAAGAAGGACAGCGUGGGGACUGUGAUCGGAAUUGACCUGGGAACAACUUACUCAUGUGUUGGAGUCUUCAAGAAUGGACGUGUGGAGAUCAUCGCCAAUGACCAGGGUAACCGCAUUACUCCUUCAUAUGUGGCCUUCACCAGCGAGGGCGAGCGUCUGAUUGGUGAUGCUGCAAAGAAUCAGCUGACCUCUAACCCCGAGAACACAGUCUUUGAUGCCAAGAGGCUGAUUGGUCGCACAUGGGGCGACUCCUCAGUGCAGCAGGAUAUCAAAUACCUGCCAUUCAAGGUUAUUGAGAAGAAGAGUAAGCCUCACAUCCAGGUUGACAUUGGUGGUGGCCAGAUCAAAACUUUUGCCCCUGAGGAGAUUUCCGCUAUGGUGCUGACCAAGAUGAAGGAGACUGCUGAGGCUUAUCUUGGCAAAAAGGUUACACAUGCUGUGGUCACUGUUCCUGCCUACUUUAAUGAUGCUCAGCGCCAGGCUACUAAGGAUGCUGGAACCAUUGCUGGUUUGAAUGUCAUGAGAAUCAUCAAUGAGCCAACUGCUGCUGCUAUCGCUUAUGGCCUGGAUAAGAGGGACGGAGAGAAGAACAUCCUCGUGUUUGAUCUGGGCGGCGGCACCUUUGACGUUUCCCUUCUUACCAUUGACAAUGGUGUGUUCGAAGUGGUAGCCACCAACGGAGACACCCAUCUGGGAGGUGAGGACUUCGACCAGCGUGUCAUGGAGCACUUCAUCAAGCUGUACAAGAAGAAAACUGGCAAGGAUGUGCGCAAAGACAAUCGCGCUGUGCAGAAGCUCCGUCGUGAGGUUGAGAAGGCAAAGAGGGCUCUGUCUGCCCAGCACCAGGCUCGUAUUGAGAUCGAGUCCUUCUUUGAGGGAGAAGACUUCUCAGAAACCCUGACCCGUGCCAAGUUUGAAGAGCUGAAUAUGGACCUGUUCCGUGCUACAAUGAAGCCUGUACAAAAAGUUCUUGAAGAUUCAGACCUGAAGAAGCCUGAUAUUGAUGAGAUUGUCCUUGUUGGAGGCUCAACUCGUAUCCCUAAGAUCCAGCAGCUGGUGAAGGAGUUCUUCAACGGUAAAGAGCCAUCCAGGGGCAUCAAUCCUGAUGAGGCCGUGGCGUACGGAGCUGCUGUCCAGGCUGGAGUGCUUUCUGGAGAAGAGGACACUGGAGAAGUGGUCCUUCUGGAUGUCUGCCCCCUGACUCUUGGUAUUGAGACUGUUGGAGGAGUCAUGACCAAGCUGAUCCCCAGGAACACUGUGGUGCCAACUAAGAAGUCCCAGAUCUUCUCUACAGCUUCAGAUAACCAGCCAACUGUCACAAUUAAAGUUUAUGAAGGUGAGCGUCCUCUCACAAAAGACAACCACCUGCUGGGCACCUUCGACCUGACUGGCAUCCCCCCUGCCCCCCGUGGAGUUCCUCAAAUUGAAGUCACCUUCGAAAUUGAUGUCAAUGGCAUUCUGCGCGUUACUGCUGAAGACAAGGGAACGGGCAACAAGAACAAGAUCACCAUCACAAACGACCAGAACCGCCUGACACCUGAAGAUAUUGAGCGAAUGGUGAACGAUGCCGAGCGCUUUGCCGAUGAAGACAAGAAGCUGAAGGAGAGGAUCGACGCCCGCAAUGAGCUGGAGAGCUACGCCUACUCUCUGAAGAACCAAAUCGGUGACAAGGAGAAGCUUGGAGGCAAACUGUCAGAUGACGACAAGGAGGCCAUUGAGAAGGCGGUUGAGGAGAAGAUUGAGUGGAUGGAGUCCCACCAAGAUGCUGACUUAGAAGAUUUCCAGGCCAAAAAGAAGGAGCUGGAGGAAGUUGUUCAGCCAAUCAUCAGCAAGCUCUACGGUAGUGCAGGUGGACCUCCACCAGAGGGUGCUGAGGAGCAGGAGAAAGAUGAGUUAUAGGCAGGCUUGAAGUCUUCAGUUGCCCCCUUCCCUUAUGGUGGCAUACACUUGAACUGAUGGGACUCAAUAGAGAGGAGUGGCAGGGUUGGGGUGACGAUAACAAGCAAACAUGCUGAGUUUUCUGAAAGACUUGAAGGGGGAAAAAAAACUUCAGUGUGAGAAAUGUCCUUCGCUGCAAGGCGGAGAUUCGUCAGCCCAGAUGAGGCUUGUUGCUGCUGUUCUCAGGCAGUCUUGAAGGGGUUUUGUGAAAAGGGGCUUAUUUGGGUGGGUGGGAAGAUAUUGAAUAAAACACAUGAUGGGGUGUCUGUGGGAUCAAAGGCUCUGUUCACAGGCAGCGUUCAGUUAUUUAUUGUACUUCUGGAAAGACACUGAAAUAAAUGUUUGAUACAAACUGUUAA